UCACCUCCGGGGGGUAAUCAACGUCACCUCCACCCUGGCGCGCCCCUACAUUGCGCGUGUUGGUCGUGAAAGCAUGGCCGCGGAGGUCAUCUCUUUAUCUAGCGACAGCGAGGGCGACGAACCAGCGCCGUUUGUGGAUGCUUCGUUAGUGGCGGCUUGGCAGCAGCAGCAUCCCAACGGGGCGGGGGCGUCAGCGUUUCAGGCUAUCGACCUGGGAAACGAUAGCGACGAGGAGGACUCUUCCUUCCCGGCAGCGGACCCAGGUGCACGGGUUUACCUGGCGCCCCGCGGCGAGCAACAGGCAGCAUCAGCAGGAACAGGAGCAGCACCAGCAGCACCAGCAGCACCAGCAGCAGCGGCCAACCUCGACGCAUCAGGCAAGCAAGAAUGGAGCGCGGCUCUGGCUUGGGCUGCGGUGCACGCACCCGCGGCUAGCGAAGUGGGCGACGGUAGCGAAAAAGCUGAAGCCGGCGGUGCUUCGGCAUCGGGUUCUUCGUCAUCAGCCUUGGAAUUACCUCAGGCGGCCGGAGCAACGGAAGACGGCGGAACACCAGAAGGCACAUCACCAAUAGGAGCAUUGGCACCGUCAGACCUGGCGGCACAAGCUGCGGGAUCGGACGAUGCUGGAGCUCCUGGAAGUGAAAUAUUGGUGCGAGAUGGGUCGGCGGGGGAUGACUCCAACAAUCCGGCAGCCGCUUCAGACGUGUCAGCAGCAUCGAGUAGCAAUUCCGCUGCUCCGAAACUGGCGGCGGAUAGUGUGGAGGCCCUCAUUGAAGCGUUGCCUCCGGGGUUCGUGCAAUGUCCUGGGUGCCCGAUGGUGUACGAACUGGUUCCAAACGAAGCUGCUGCCCGCGGCGGCGGAGGCAACGUGACGACGAAGGAGCUGCCGAAGGGCGCAAACUUGUCGCGAAGAUCGGCCAUGAGGCACAACGGGCGCCACAGGUUCCGCUGCCCGUCAUGCUCUACCUGUUUCUGCGGGGCCUGCAGAGCCACGCCUUACCACAUCGGGUUCGACUGCGAAGGAUGGGCGGCUCACCAGGCGAAGCCCAAGUGCACCUACUGUGGGGAUGCUGCGGAGGAAGAACCAGUUGUAUGCGGUGGAGGUAACGACAAAACCGCUGCCGCCGACGGCGAGGAGGCUAACAAGGGUGGAGAGGGUGGAGAGGGUGCCCUUCAAGCCCCUCCUUGCUGUGGACGUGAGGAGUGUCGUGAGCGCGCAAACGAGGGGUGUCGAAAGAAACUGGAGUGCGGACACCCUUGUCGCGGACCCGGUACGGCGGGAUGUAUCCCGUGCAUCGAACCAGACUGUCCUUCUGCCGAGGUGGAUGGGAACGACUUUUGCAACGUGUGUUGGACCGAAUCACUUCUUGCGGCCCCUUGCGUCAAGCUGGAGUGCGGCCACUUCGUGCACGUCUCGUGCGGCCGCGAGCAGCUGAUGCGAGGACGACCAACCGCGCGUCUAACGUUUGGCUUCAUGAGUUGCCCGGUCUGCCGUGCGGACAAGGUGUUGGCUCUGCACCUCCAUCUCGGCAAGUGUGACGGCAUCCCGGAGCAGCUCGAACUGGCCCAUCAAGUCGAGGAGCUGGCUAUCCAACGUCUUCGCGCAGACGAGCUUCCUCCCCUCAAGAAACCUUCCCUGGAUAGUCUCCACGCGGGGAUGCGGCGGCGGAUGGCGGGUUUAGUACGCCAUCGACAAAAAGAUAGACACCCCGCAAACUGGAGGGCGAGGGGGCGUGGGGGGCCUUUUCCGCUUCAAAUCCCAUACCCCCCCAUUCAGGCGGCGGGGUUUUACCCGCCACGCAGAGCACGAGGAGCUGCGGCAGCGGCAGCAGCGGCAGCACCAGGGGGGUUGGGGUUGGCGGGGGCGGCGGGGGCAGCGGGGGCAGCGGGGGCGGCGGGGGCGGCUCAGGCGCACCCGAUGUCCCCUUUGCAGCUGAUUCCGGGGGGAGCGCCCCGAGGCGACUGGCAACUGGAGAUGGGGAUGGAUUGGAGGAUUCCCCCAUUUGCUCCCAUGAUGCCUCCACCAUACGCGCUUAACAACGUAGCUGGGGCGGCUAGGCCAGGGCUGUGGAUAGGCGCAGGGGCGAGCGCAGCAGGUGUGGGAGCAGCAGCGAGAGGAUCUGGUCGUGCAGGAGGUGCACAUCAACAUCAGCAAGAGCAGGAGCAGCAGCAGCAAUCGGUUUCGCACGAAGAGUAUCUCAACAAAAGAAGACAGAUGCUCAUCGCGCGAGCAGACGUGGCGAUGAAGAGAGCGAUGGCCGGUGGUGUCAAGGUCCCUGGGGCAGCGAGGGGUGCGAAGGGUGCGAGGGGUGGUCUACCAGCCGACCCCCCGGCAGCUCACCCACGCUCCCCUCUCGUUCGCGAGCGCAUAGAACAGCAACUUGAGAAGGGGAAGGCUGUGCUCGAGGAAAGGAGGCGUGUGCGGCGAAAAUCUAGGAAGGAUUUAAACGAGUGGGGGCUGCCUGGUGGCGUUCCGUUCGGAUCCAAGCAGUCAAAUGUAGCUGCCGGCGACUCUGGUGGUGCUUCUGCUGGUGCUGGUGCUUCUGCUGGUGCUUCUGCUGGUGCUUCUGCUGCCGCUGGUGCUUCUGCUGCUGCUGGUGCGAUGGCGGUAGAUGCGAGCGUAGUAGAGAACGUCCAAGUCGCGGCAAACCAACAGCAGCAAGGAGACUCUGUUCAGCGACGUGGUGAUAAUGCUCCAUUCUGCAAACGUGAUGCGGGCGAGAUUGCAGGAAAACCAGCCGCACGCACAGCUGGUGCUGUGCUGCCUCCCCCUCCCGGCGUGUGCCGCGCCGUGGCUUCGUCGACUCCCCCGCAGAGCCUGGAUGUCGGCCAAGAAGAGCUGGCGCAGGGUGACCGAGAGGCAAAAGGGGGGGGCGAUGGUGUCAGAACCGGAGGAGGUGACAAUGUCAUGGAUGCCUCGGGGCGGGGUGGCAUGGUGGGCCGCUUGGGAGGCAGUGAAGCAGCACUAGCACCAGCAGCUGGGCAACCUCCGGAGGGCUCUGAGAUGGGUGCGGAUAACUGCGCUCGAAAAGGAGCUUCUGGCCGCGAUGUGGAUCCCAAGGUGUUGAAGCUAGCGACGAGCCGUCACGGAAUUUUCGAAGCCGUGGCCGAAAGCGAGUCUGAUGAGCCCAGAAAACUCGAUUGCAACGGCGGGGGGGCAGGUGCCAACGGCGGGUCGGCCGCCUCAGCCCCAGACAUGCGUCCCGCCGCCGGUACCGAUAACGACAAAGUGGACGAUGACGAGGGCUUGGCGCUUGAUGUGGUUGGCAUAUUGCCGUGGCCUGAACGCGCACGCAGCCCCAGACCUCGCCACAAGCCCGCUUGGCUUGAUAAGGGCGACGAUGGUGACGAUGAAGCCCUCGAUAUGGAAGAGGAAGAGGGGGUUUUCGUCGUCACCCCGCCACUCGGGAAGAGGAAGAGGGAAGAGGCGGGAGGGAAAGGCGCGGGCAUCGAAUUUGAAUCAAGCUCCAAGCGGCGGCCGGGUGCUGGUGUCGGUGCUGGUGUCGGUGCUGGUUCUUCUCUCGAAGAGGUUGUUGAGGUUGAGGAAAAGCUAAAGCGAAAGGAUGGCAUCUCCCCCAAGAUCGCAGCUGUCGACCUUGGCGGCAAAGCACGAAUGAAAGUGAACCGCGAGAAGAAGCGAAGCGUUGCUGACUUUGUCGUCGACCGUGGAGGCAUCCGGGAAGCAUCCCCCAAAAGGGUGCACUUCGGCGCCGGUGAUUUCUCUGUCGGCUUGGGGUUGGCGAGGCGGGUGGGGUACCGCCCCAAGUCCAUUGGAGGCGAGUGGGGUGCGCUGGAACGUGGAGCUGGCUUCUCCAGGAACGAGCAAGAGGAGAAAGAAGCGGCGGGCGCCGUCGCGGAUGCUGUGAUGGCCGCAGGCGCAGUCGGUGGAGGCGGGGUUGACCGCUUGGCAGAAAAUGAAGACGACCAGCGCGAGGAGAAGAGGGUUGACCUUGCGGCCGCCGGGAUGCUGAGGCUUCAUGUGUCUCCCGCCGCGAGAGCACGGGACAGAAAUGCUAGAGUGGCCGCAGCGGCGACGGCAGCAAUGAGAGGCAUGGCGGGUGAUGGGGCGUCGGUGCGGUCCUCAAACGCACCUGCUGCUACUGCUGCUGCUGCUCCCAAGGCUGAUAGCGCCAAAGGAGGUAAAGGCGCUGGAGCAAGUGCCGCUAGUGACGAUGAUGCUGUGAAGUUAGGCGAGCUAUCGAAGGAAGAGCGGGUGAAGUUGGUGAAGAGGGCCCUCAAGAAGUACUCCUACUACCAGUGCCACUCCUGCCGCAAGCCAUACUUUGGUGGGCUUGUCAGUUGCGAGCCUGCUGCCCCUCCGGCAGGCAGAGGAGGAGAGGCUUCGGUCGGGCACGGGGCCGGGGCUGCCGCGGACGCGCAGGCGGCGGAGCGAGCGCUCGCUGACAUCAAGCCUUCCGAACUCCUCUGUGGGAAGUGCUCGGCGGGCAGUGGCGGCGCGAGCUGCUCCGAACACGGGCAGGAGUUCAUGGAGCACAAGUGCUACUGGUGCUGCCGAAAAGUUGCCUCCUACUUUUGUGGCGGAGUAAUGCACUUCUGCGAUGUCUGUCAUUUGCACGGUUUCGCCGCCAAGCCGAAGCCCUGCCUUGGUGGUGCCCAUUGCCUGUUCGGUGGUCAACACCCUGACAAGGCCAAGAAUGGAGAACACGAGUAUGUGCUGGGAUGCGGCAUUUGCCGUCCCAAGCCGGAAGAAGAGAUGGGAGGGGUAGACCAGUGACGAGGCGCGGAAAUUGGCUGAACUGAUCGGUGGUGUGAGCCUCGUGGAUGCAAACCCUUCCCAAGGUCUACCAUGAUGGACCGCAAAUCAACCGUCUUGAUGCCACGCACAGGGCGGGACAGCGUGUACACCUCUGAUGCAUUGGAUGUAUCGUUUACUUCAUUCAACCGAUCGCUUGUGCCUUCAUUCGAGGUUUGCUGCAGCACUGUCUUGAGCAUGCGUAGGUCGGGACACGUUGUGUAUCCCAUGUGUGUUGCUGAAAGCAAUGAGCGUCGUCGGCGUCUGCCUGUCUUAAGAGUUACCAGUUUUCGAGCGGGCAGAAAAUGUGCAGACAGCGACACGCUCGUUGCAAAAAGUAAAUCGCUGCAGAGAAAUCACGCUCCAGGCUUAAACUUGCCCAGCGUCUUGCUGACACGCAAGAGGGCGGGACGGUGUGCCCCUUGUUGUAUGUUGUUUAUUGUAUACAGAAUGUUUAAUGAUGAGCAGUCAAAUGCAAAGUCAGAACAGAUGCGUUUCGGGUUAGUUGACACAGCCAGAGCAGGGGCAACCCCCCCCGAAAUCGACUCGUCAGUCUCUUGCGUUUGCGGGGUGUCCUUCCCCAUGGGGUUGUUAGAGUGAUGUGUCGUCGUGCUGGACGUUGUAUAGUCUAGUAGGUUCCCCAGAAUAGGGUACAGGGUAGGUUUGGGAGAUAAUUCCUCUGUUGUGGGGCUCGACCUACGUUUCGUGUUGUUAGGUGUUGGUGUGUUUGUAGUGUAUCUUCGUUGCAACAUGAACACGGGGGCAAUCACCUGCACUCGCCGUUGAUUUGGGAGUCGUCGCUUGUGCGGUAUGCGGGUUGGUUUACACGGCUCAUGUGAACAAAACCAGUAAUGAAGUGUUUCUUCCUCUCGUU